AUGAUAAUUUUGAUCCCGGAAACUAACGUGUGCGAUUCCGCCAACAGGUCCGCCCGGGCAGCCUCCAAGAGGUUCGAGAGUACGUUUCGCGAUAGCAACCCCGGCUCUCCGCUUCCUCAGUCAGUCGACCAACUCACCUUCGCUUACAGAAUCGCCCGUAAUGCCGGUGUUCAGGUUAUCCGGUCCGGCGGUGUCGUCCGCGGCUUCACCAACUGGGGCCCGUUCCGUCUGCCCAGAGUCACCACCAAGCACCAGGCUCGAUACAGCGAGGGCCACCACUUCAUCAUGCGCUUCGAUGCCUCCGGCCCUGUACAAACAUCCAUCCGUCGUACUCUCGGCCUUGACCCCCGAAUGAUCAACUUCUCCGUCGUCAAGCUGGGCGACAAGCUCGAGGAGAUCAAGGAUAUCGAGGGCAAGGUUCAAUGGAACAAAUCCCGCAGCAUCACCGACACUAUUCAGGCCUCGCGCUCAUAG